AAGCUGGGAAGAAAAGCCCAAAGGUUCUAAUUGGCCUCACCACCUCUCCCCAGGGUACAAAGGACCCUACAGGCAUCAGAGAAGACCCCAUUCAUCUCGGCAGCCAGGCAUUUGGAGGGUUCCCAGCAGCCCACCUCUGGCUGCCUUUUUUGUUUCCUUUUUUAAAAAAUAAUAUUUACUGUUUUUAUUUUCUGACUGCAAAUGUAAUGUAUACUUAUUACAGAAAAGGUGCACCCAAGAUCCCAAGGUAGGGCAGUUUCUCUCAGAACUAUUGACCAACCGAAAGGAGAACAUUCCUCUUAAGCUUUCUGAAGACUGUCUUUACCUCAAUAUUUACACUCCUGCUGACUUGACCAAGAAAAACAGGCUGCUGAUGAUGGUGUGGAUCCACAGAGCAGGGCUGAUGGUGGGCGCGGCAUCAACCUCUGAUGGGUGGGUACUCGCAGACCAUGAAAACGUGGUGGUGGUGACCAUUCAGCACCGCCUGGGCAUCUGGGGAUUCUUCAGCACAGGGGAUGAACACAGCCGGGGGAACUGGGGUCACCUGGACCAGCUGGCUGCCCUGCACUGGGUCCAGGACAACAUUGCCAGCUUCGGAGGAAACCCAGGCUCUGUGACCAUCUUUGGAGAGUCAUCGGGAGCAGAAAGUGUCUCUGUUCUUAUUUUCUCUCCAUUGUCCAAGAAUCUCUUCCACCGGGCCAUUUCUGAGAGUGGUGUGGCCCUCACUCCUGCUCUGGUGGACGAGGGUGACAUCAAGCCCCUUGCUGAGCAAAUUGCUAACACUGUUGGGUGUGAAACCACCAACUCAGCUGUCAUGGCUCACUGCCUGUGGCAGAAGAUGGAAGAGGAGCUCUUGGAGACGACAUUGAAAAUGAAUUUCUUAACUCUGGACUUACAUGGAGACCCCAGAGAGUUGAUGAGCUAUCCAAUGUCAGAAGGGAAGCUGGACCAGAAGACAGCCAUGUCACUCUUGUGGAAGUCCUAUCCCUUUGUUCGCAUUCCUAAGGAAUUGAUUCCAGAAGCCAUUGAGGAGUACUUAGGAGGAACAGACGACCCUGUCAAAAAGAAAGACCUGUUCCUGGACUUAAUGGGGGACGUGCUGUUCGGUGUCCCAUCUGUGACUGUGGCCCGGAACCACAGAGAUGCUGGAGCACCCACCUACAUGUAUGAGUUUCAGUACCGUCCAAGCUUCUCAUCAGACAUGAAACCCAAGAUGGUGAUAGGAGACCACAGGGAUGAGCUCUUCUCCGUCCUCGGGGCCCCAUUUUUAAAAGAGGGUGCCUCAGAAGAGGAGAUCAGACUUAGCAAGAUGGUGAUGAAAUUCUGGGCCAACUUUGCUCGCAAUGGAAACCCCAAUGGGGAAGGGCUGCCCCACUGGCCAGAGUACAGCCAGAAGGAAGGGUACCUGCAGAUUGGUGCUAACACCCAGGCAGCCCAGAAGCUGAAGGACAAGGAAGUAGCUUUCUGGACCAAACUCUUCGCCAAGAAGGCAGUGGAGAAGCCACCCCAGAUAGAACAAAUUGCCCUGUGAAUGGAAGGUCCAUCCAGCCUCGGGAACCUGGAGGAGCAAAGACUGGGGUCUUUUGCCAAAGGGAUUGCCGGUUCAGAAGGCAUCUUACCAUGGUUGGGGAAUUGUCUGGUGGUGGGGGGUAGGGGGCAGAGGUCAUGAAGGAGCAAGUUUUUUAUUUGUGACCUCAGCUUUGGCAAUAAAAGAUCUUUUGAAAGCC